ACACGGUUGUUAUGUUUACAUUGAAUCUGUUUUUCGCAGCGCAGAACAUUCAACUGUUUUAGUUUUCCGAGGAUAUAUCUGUCGGUCUGAAUUAUGGACAGCGACAACGAAGUUGUUUCGAUGAAAGAAUCCAAAAGAAGAGAGCGCCAGUUCGAAAUUACAAAAUGGAACCAAAUUCUCACUGUCUGACAGGAACUCAGACUAAGAUUUUCUUUGUUUAGGUCAGGUCCAGGCCGUUACAGUUCACAUGAUGUUGAAGCUCUAGAAAAUCCAGACUCUGACAUCGGCCUGUGUGGCUGGCUGCUGGUUGGACUUUCUGUCAUGCUGAUGCUGGUCACUCUCCCCAUCUCCAUAUGGAUGUGCAUUAAGAUCGUGAAGGAGUACGAGCGCGCCAUCAUCUUUCGCCUUGGGCGCAUUUUGCGAGGAGGAGCAAAGGGUCCGGGGUUGUUCUUCAUCCUGCCGUGUACUGACAGCCUCAUUAAUGUGGACAUGCGUACUAUCACCUUUGACAUCCCACCACAAGAGGUUCUGACCAAAGACUCGGUGACUGUGAGCGUUGACGGCGUGGUGUAUUACCGGGUCCAGAAUGCCACUCUGGCUGUGGCUAACAUCACCAAUGCGGACGCCGCCACCCGCCUGUUGGCCCAGACCACCCUGAGGAACGUCCUGGGCACCAAGAACCUGGCAGAGAUCCUGUCCGACCGUGAGGAGAUCGCACACAGCAUGCAGUCCACUCUGGACGAUGCCACAGACGACUGGGGAAUCAAGGUGGAGCGCGUGGAGAUCAAAGACGUGAAGCUGCCUCUGCAGCUCCAGAGAGCCAUGGCAGCUGAGGCUGAGGCAACCCGCGAGGCCAGAGCCAAGGUGAUCGCCGCCGAAGGCGAGAUGAACGCAUCGCGGGCCCUGAAGGAGGCCUCCCUGGUGAUCGCAGAGUCCCCGUCGGCUCUGCAGCUGCGCUACCUGCAGACCCUCAACACCAUCGCCGCCGAGAAGAACUCCACCAUCAUCUUCCCGCUUCCGCUGGAGAUGAUGCAGGGCCUCAUGAAACGCUGAGGAAGAACUCCUUCCACCUUCUAUUAGUGCUCAUACAGACAGACACAGGUCAGAUAGGCUUUCUGCUUUUAACCAGCAGUGCUUUUAAAGUAGCUGUUUUUAUUCAUUUGUCGAUAAAAGCUGAUUAAAUUCUUUUAACUGACCGAUCUGAGGCUCCAUGACCUCAAACUUUUACAUCUUCUGUUAAAGAUGAACUCCUGCUGGAUGACUGACCUUCCUCUGAUUACACACACACCAUCAACUCCUAUUCUGUCCUGAGUAACAUUAUUACCAAUGAACUUGAUGCUUGAUGAUUCACUUUUAAAUCCAGUAUUUUAACUUUAAACGGUCAAAAACCCAGUGACCAGUGCAGAGUGCAGCAUAUUAACUGCUCUGUUUUACUUUUGUUGUGUUAAAAGUUCAACAAACGGAGGAUUAUUUCAUUCAUUGCUCACAGUGCCUUGCAGAAGUUUUGAUAUUUCCCGAUCCUUUUCACAUUCCCCGACAUUACAAGCUCAAACGUCACUGGGAUUUUAUGGAAUAGAGCAGCACAGAGUGGUGCAUAAUGUCAAAGUGGAAGAAAAGGGAUGCAUAACUUCCAGCACUUUUAAAAAGAUAAGGUUCUGAAAAGUGUGGCAUGCAUCUGUUUUCAGCCCCGCUGUCUCCAGUGUUCUGCAGCCUCUACCCAUGUUUCUUCCAGGAAUGUGUUGUGUUUAGCUCCAUUCAUCCGUUCUGACCAGCUUCCCUGUCCCUGCUAAAUAAAGCAUCCCCAUGGUAUGAUGCUGCCACCACCGUGUGUUCACUGAUGUUCUCUACCAAACCUUCAAGGUCUUCACUGAGCAAAUGUUUUCAUAUGAAGAUUAAAUGCCACACAGGUGGACUAUUUACUAAUUAGGCGACCUCUCAAGGUAAUUUAAACUAUUUUUUAUUAAGGGGAGAAUAUAAUUUGAUGCCACACUUUUCAGAUUUUUAUUCAUGAAAAUUGUUGAAAACUACGUAUGAAUUUCCUUCUGCCUAAGCAUCUUACUCUGCUUUGUGUUGGUCCAUCACAUGAAACACAUUAAGGUUCAGGGUUGUAAUGUGACAAACUGUGAAGAGGUUUGGAGGGGAUGAAUAGUAGGCUCAACAUGGAAGACGGAGAAAUGCAUUUAUAUUCCAUAAAUAAACUGCUUUAUAAUCCACUUAGUUUUCAUUUUCUUGCUUGUUUCUGGUCGCCAGGCUGGAUUUAACUGGUUGUACAUAUUUACUAUCAGCUCUCUAUCAACCCACAGUAUAUGAAGUACUUAGAGGAUAAUACGCACUUUUAGACUUAAAAGACCUUUAAGCCAUCAAGCUGACAGAACCCAGAGUGACAGUUUAGUUCAGUGGUGCCUUUCAUUUUAUCCUACCUUCAGUUUCCUUACUUUUUUCAAAUUCAGGGCUAUAAAUGUUUCAGCCAAAAGCCUUAAGUCCCUGCCAACCAAACAUCUGUAUUAACAUUGAUCUCCUUCCAUCUGCUGAUGAAAUUUUACUUAUGAGUUUUUAUUUUCUGAGUGUAACACAAACAUACUUGUUCUUAUUAACCUGUGAAAUAUACCAUGCAUCCCUGUUGGUAGAUGUAGUAGCAUCCUGUAGGUUUAUGUGUUGUAUUGAAUACACAGAUCAGGCAUUACAUUAUGACCACUUUCCUUAAAAUUAGGGUCAUCAGUGAAAUCUCCCAUGGAUCAGACCUAUUUUUCCCAGUCUGUCACCCAGAGAACGGAUUAAUGAAGCAUCUUGAGUUGGUUUUCCUUUUAAUUAGUAUGCUUCUGGAUGCUGUUUCUGUACCUGCUGCUUUGGGCCUCUUCUAGGUAGUCAGGAAUGAUCCCUCAAAGUCACUCCAGUGAAAAAAAAAAACUAGAAAUUUGUAUCAGGAGAGUUUUCUCACUCCCAACUCUCAGUGGUCAUAAUAUUCUGGCUGAUCAACGUGUGCUGUUGUAGUGAUGUUUAGUAGGUUCCUGUGGACAGUGAGUAGAAUCGCUUCUAUCAUACGAUGUGUUUUGUUGCUGUUGACAGUUGAAAGAUUGUUUCUCUGCAGAGCUGCUGCUGAAAGUUUGACUCAGGAAGAAGGAAAACAUUGAACUUUUGCUCUUCUGCCCCCUGCAGACCAACUGUAGUAUUAUUUGUGAUUGAGGCUCCUUUUAGUGUAUAUUUACAAGCUUGUUUAUCACUUUUUACAUGUUUACUGUUGAGGCUGUGUUUUUAUUCUUGCAUCUAAUUUAAAUUUAAUAUAUAUACAUAAUUUUAAAUAAAGAUGCAAUCCACACACACACACA